AUGGUGUUCCACACGGAGCUGAUGAUCCGCCUCGCUCGAGCGCCGAAAUCUCUCUCUCUAGGCCGCGGCGACACUCCCGACACCGAUCCGGAUAUGACGUGGUUGUCGACGAUGAUCCAGAAGCCCCAAGCGGAUCACGGCUUUCCCUCGGCUGCGAUCUCCGCCCUAGCGCCGGCCAGGAUCGCAAAGCUCCGCCCAGAAUCGCUGGCCAGAGGCCGUGUUCUCCAUGGAGUACUCAUCGCGGAUGCGCUCAUGCUCGAGGACAGCGUCCAGGUACUCACUACGCUCAGGGAUUCCAGAGGCGACGAAGUGUUGCUGGCGAUCAAGCACGCAGUGGCCAGCGACGCCACGGCCGAGCAAGUCCGAGCGAAAUAUCCGAGAGGAGCUCGAGUGGCCGUCAAGGAGCCGAUGCUCCACAAGCACCAUGGUUCCUUCAUCUCGCUGGACAACCCGGCCAAUGUGGAGGUGAUCUCCUACCUCAGCGACGAGCAGCUGGAACGAUACGCAGGUAUGGCUCCCGCGGCACUGCGAGUAGAGGGCAACAAGCUCUUCCAAGAUGGGAGCUUUGAGGCUGCCGCUCAAGCCUACGCCUUGAGCGCUGUGAAAUGCGAGCAGGAGGAGGAGCGUGAUCGUGUUCUUGCUCUCUCCAACCAGGCCGAGAGCUUUUUCAAGCUGGGACGAUAUGAGCAGUGCGUGGAUGCCGCAAGUGCCGCUCUCGCCGUGGAUCCCCGCCACCUCAAGAGCCUCUACAGGAAAGCUUUGGCGCUGCUCAAUCUCCAGUGCUACGAGUGGUCGUGCCGGCUCUUGAGCAACGUUCUUGGAGUGGACGAGGAAAUCGAUCAAUUGCACGAAAGAUGUCAGAAGCUCGCGAUCCAGAGCAAGGACAUCAGCAGCAUCAUGGCAGAUAUCCAUGGUUUUUAUCGAGCCUGGAGCGAAGGAGAGCAAGCCCCACUUUUCCCAGAGGUUGCUGACAACGUUUGCCAAGUGGAAGUGAAGAAAUGCGAGGACCAGAGCAAGCAACGAGGCCGGGGGCUCUUUGCGACGACCAACAUCAAGAAAGGCGAGCUUGUCCUUACCAGCAACUCGGCGGCUUUCGAGCGAGGUGGCAACAUCUCGGUAUGCAACAGGAAUGCCUCAAUCCGAUUCCUUGACAUGGCCAUGAAGUCGCCACGAGCAUACAAGCAGAUCCACAGCCUUGCUAGCAUGGCCGCAGGGAACGAGCGUGAAGUUCCAGCAAUGGAGCUCUUCCAGGCAGACUGGGCCACGCCGGAGAACUGGUCGAGCGUCAGCACCGACAGCAGCAGGGAAGCUCUCGAAGGCAUUUCGGUGGAGAGGGUCUUCGAGACUGUGAGCGUAGCUUCCUUCAAUCCGACAGGUCCAGGUCCUGACGAGAACACGCAGCGCCUGCUCUACGUUGGUACCUGGCUCAUCCCCAGCUUCAUCAACCAUUGCUGUGUUGGGAACGUUUGCCAGAGGUUGUUUGGCACCACGGUUUGCUACUUUGCCACCCGAGACAUCCAGGCCGGGGAGGAGCUUGGGCACUGCUACAUCAUCGCCGGCCAUCCUUACAGGCGGACGAGGUUGGACUUCGAGUGCGCUUGCAAGAAGUGCGAGCUGGAGCGGCAGCUGGACGAGGAUCUCGCGGAGGUGACGGGCUGCUACAGGGACUUGGCCGAGGCCAACUUCGAGUUCCGGUUGAAGGGAGAGACCGACAUCCCCGGGAUGGUGGCGAAGCUGGAGAAAGUGUUGGCGACCAAGCUCCAGGAGGAGGAGGAUCGGCAGUGCAUGAGAGCGGUGCAUUGGUCGCUUUAUUUGAUUUACUACCAAAAGCUCAGGCGCGGAAACGUGGUGGCGCUGCCCGAGGGGAUGGUUCCUGCGGGAGAGGUGAUCAUGGAGGCGAUCCACAGGUUCUCGGCGGGCAACCUUUGCAGCAAGUGGUGCCUUGAGAUGAUGGCGGAGUGCGCACGGGACAAGGAAGCGGCGAGGAGAGAUGGAGGUGGAGGUGCUGUUUGGGAAGCAGGAGAACGCUUGCGUCGCCAAGGCCAUCUAUGAGAGAGGUACGGAACUCAUUGCUCAGGAUCUAAUGUGCUGAUCAGUUCUUUAGUUUCUUCGUCUUCUUCUCUUUGUUUCUCUCCUUCUCCUUCGUCUUCUUCUCUCUCGUUCUUGUUCGUCUACUUCUUUGAGCUUGUCCUUUGUUUGAUCGUCUCAACUUUGUCUCGGUUUCGAAAAUAAUGUAAGUUUUGCUAUAAACUCUUAGUGCC